AUGGCCUUUUUUGCGGCCACAAGGAGAGAGAUGGUAGCAUCCUUGGCAUCCACGAGCGUCAGGCGCGAAGCAAACGUGCCACGGAACGUGCCACGGAACGUGCCACGGAACGUGCCGUUGGCGCAACGCUUGGGCCUGGGAACUUCAGGGAUUCGCGAUGUGAUGCUGCUGCUCACGGCUCUACAGUUCGGAUACAGGCUUUUGGACACGGCUGCAUUCUAUGGCAAUGAAGACGUUGUUGGAAAUGCUGUGCAGCGAGCAGUGGAAGAGCAAUUAGUUGGCAGCAAACAUGACAUUGCCGUCACCACAAAGGUAUGGUGGUCGGAAUUGGGAUACACAAAGACAAAGCCCUCUGUGACCCAGUCAUUGGAGAGGUUGGGGAUGAGCAGCGUGGACACGGUCUUGUUGCACUGGCCGGGGAGGUGGCUCUCAAAUGACGUGAUUCGCAAUCGCAUGUUGCGUGAAGAGAGUUGGAAAGCUCUUGAAGAGCUACAGCAGGCCAAGCAAGUCCGUCAGAUUGGCGUCUCCAAUUUCACGCAGAAGCACCUGGAAGAGCUGGCGGCCGUUUCUCCCAGCGUUCCUGCGGUGAAUCAGAUCGAGGUGCAUCCGUAUUGUCAGCAGAAGGACUUGGUCAGGUAUUGUCAAGAUUGCGGCAUUGGAGUACAAGCAUAUUCGCCGUUGGCAUCGGGCCAGCUUCAGCUGUUGAAAGAUCCACUCAUUCUGCAGGUGCCUCGGGCGUCCCACGUUUGUGGCCCAAGCUCAUGGUCUAUCUCCAGCUCAAGUGGUGCUGAAAUGGCACGUGCAACGCGGUCUUUGUCCAAUCGCCGUUCGACCCGUUCCACGCUCCGCCUCGCGGACAACCUCCGCGCGACCAAAAGGACGGUCGUCGACCUGUCGCCGGGCGAGAUGGAGGCCUUCGCCGCGUUGGAUCGACGUAGACCCUGCGACGUUUGGCUGACAAAUGGAAAUGGAAAGCUUUGUGACAGCGCUGAACUAGGUGAACUCCUGGUUGGUGGCCCGGGGUUGCAUCUGGACCAAACCAUGGAGGAGUCGCUGUUGGGUGCUGGUCCAGUCUUGCACACGGGCGAUUUGGCGCGAUGGGUGUCUCUCAACGGCUCGAUGGAGUUGAUCUGUUUGGGUCGCAAGGAUCGACAGGUGAAGGUGCGUGGUCACCGGUUGGAGCUGCUUGAAAUUGAAGCCGUCAUGAAGCAAGAGGCAGAAAGUCUGAAUUUGCAAGUGGAAGCAUUGGUGACUCUGGACAUCAGGAAGAAGUUGGUUGCCUAUGUACGACCGCCCUUGUCAGCCCAUCAAGUGGAGAUGUUGCUGAAGGGAUGUCAGCAGAAGCUACUGGCACAUGCCAUGCCCGUGGACGUGGUGGGAGUCGAUGAGUGGCCACGCACCUCCAGUGGAAAAGUCGAUCGAAAGGCCCUGCCAGCACCAGAGACGACCGCUCCAACAGAGGAUAGCCCAGCAAAAGCAGCACCAAUCGAUGCCUCAGUCUAUUUGAGACGGUCCCCAUUGGCUCCCGACAAAAUUCGAGAGAAAGGUUGGCAGCUACUCCGUGGCCUUUUGCUGGGGCUGGUGACCAGCAGAGGCAGUGCCUGGAGAAUGUUGCUACUCCCUUUGGUUUGGUCAAGUUGGCAGCAGCUUCUCGUGCCUCGGCACAGAGGGAGCCUUUUUGCACAGGAUUUGAGUGGGCGGAUGCCUUCAAUUUGCACCAAUCUUCUCCUGGCUCUUUUGCCCGGGACGCUCACUGGGCUGGGCGGUCAAUUGGUGGUUUUUCGGAGAACGAAGAUGUCAGUGAACUAUGGUGAGCACUCGACCUAG